UUUGUUGUCGCUACCUGGGGCGCUUGCUCCACCUUGACGCUCAGGUACACGGAUUUGUUGGAAAAGUUUGAGGAAGCUGCAGGUUUCGUGGAGCGGAGCUGGUGUUAGGGACGAGGAGGAUGGAUUCAAAUCAGACAUCUUUAAUGUAGAGGACGGAGAAGACGACAUUGACCAGGGAGAGAGUCUGUGAACGAGUCUGCCACCUUGGAGCCAGUAAGCCAUGUCUGCUGAGAGCACUGACAGUCUGAGGCACAGCUCAGGGCGUGGUAGCUACAGGCACAGAGCGAGCCAGAGCAGCAGCCAGAGGUCAUCAUACGAGGAGCGCUGUGUGGACCCGGUGGAAGAGAGGCCACCGAGCCCAGAGCCCAAGACGAUCCACAGUGCUCACCUGAAGGACGCAGAUGGGAAGGAGUCCGAGACCAUUGGCUUCAUUCCUGGCUCUGUCGAUCAUUCCUCUUCAGCACAAACCUGCAACCCUUGCACCUCUCCAGGGAGCUGCAGGACGUUUAUAUGCAGUGUGCUGACCUGUGGCCUGUACAGGGUCUGCCAGAGUUCCACUCUUGCUCCAUGCCUUGUGCCAAACGAGAGCUCUCCAGAUGAGCCAGAGAAGGUGAGCCUCCGAAGUGUGAACCCAGGAGACAACAAAGAGGAAGAUCACACAGACUGGCUAGGGGAUGUCCGCAUUGCUGGAGUCAAAGUGGACAGUCCAAGGGAGUAUUUAGAGAUGGAACCCAAAUCAUCAUAUUUGCGUCCGGCUGGUGUUCAAACACAGCCCAGCAAUCCGUCCCUACAUCAGUCCAUGAGGUUUGAAGACUGGGAGGAUGGCACUGAGGACGUGGACUCUCUUAUUACCAAAAAGCUGCUGGAGCUCUACUCUGAAUAUCAAAUCGAUGAGUUAGCGAGGUGCACCUCAGACUCUGUGUUUCUGAGGAAGAGCAAGGACAUCAAUCAGCUCAUCAAUUCGCUGGCGGAGGAGCACAAAAUGGGCGAGCAGGAAGCGGAGUGUCGGUUGGUGCGUGGCAUCAUCCGCAUCAGCACCCGGAGGAGUGCGAAGAAGAGGCCGACCCCGUCCAGGAUGGAGAGGACGCUGUCUGACAGCGGGAAUGAGACAAUGAGGGAGAGCGAUUCCUUGACAUUCAGCAACAACAAUGACUACAAAUCAAAUCCAAACAUCCAAAUAUCAGAACUGACCUCCUCUGACAAGUGUGCCAGGGACAUGUGUAGAAACAAUGGAGGUCACACAUCUAGCUCAGCCUACUCGCCCUCUCACACAGAGACUAACUCCUCCGGUGUCUCAAUGAUUCGCUCCUCUGUGAGAACAUGAUUCCUGCUCCACGCUGCUGGUCUAUGCUUGAAUAAUUUGUCCUGCUUUGUCCUCAAGGUCACAUAUGAGACAUUGCACAGGAGUCACUGGCUGAGCCAAGCUCUUUGUAGAGACCAUGUUUUUUUCAGCGGAAAAACAAAAUGUGAAAAUUCACAUUGUCUUGAAGGACUUCAGUGAACUCAGGGCUCUGUGUGUAGAUAUUUAUGGCUGAUGAAUGCUAUGUGUAUAUUUGAAGGAUUGCUUGACAGAGAUCACCAGCAGCUCUUAAACAUUAAAUAUCACAAUUUACCGUCCCGUCAUCCUUGAAGGAGUUGUGUUCCUGAAGUCGGACUCUAAUUUGCUGGUUAGAUUAUUCUGUUGUUAUGCAAUGAACAUUUAAGUUUAGUUCUAUAAGAGUGAAUUGAAGAGUUGUGAUUUUUUUGGUUUUCACAUCAUUGUAGAUUUGAGUGUGCACAGUUGUGUGUGAUUUUAAGAUGUACUCUCGAGUGGUUUUUUAAAACUUAUUUACAGUUAGUAAUUCUAGAUUAAUGAUAGCAAUUUUCAGUUUGACGUGACCAGUAAAGGUCUCAAGAAGUCAAAGCGAAAAAAUGAAGUGGGUGUAUUUGGCUUGAAGAAAAAGACAGUUUUAUAUGAUGGGCCAAAAGAGUUUUUAAUGUGUGCCUGGUAGUACACUAGAAAUAAGAAUGUACAUCGUAAAUUGUGAAUCAAAAACAAACAUGUCCAAAGAAUGGUUCAACAGUGUGCAAAAAAUACACUCAUUUGCUUUUUUGCAGAGAUUUAAAUGAGAAGAUUAGAAGUGCUCUAAUGCCUUUAUGCUGAAAGUAACAGGCAAUGGCAGCCAAUUAGCUUUAGACUGAAAAGAGAUGGAAAUCAUCUAAUUAGCUUGGAUCUAUCCAAAGGUAACACAAUUGGCCUUGCUAAACCAAUUAAAGGUCCAGUGUGUAGAAUUUAGUGACAUCUAGAGGUGAAGUUGCAUGUUGCAGCUGGAUACUCCUCAUCUCACCCUCCCAACAUGAAAGAGAACCUGUGUUAGCCUUCAGUUUGGACGACGGUGAAAAAAAUGGUGGCCUCCACAGAGAGGACCCCCCCCUCCAUGUAAAUAUAAAGGUUUUAAA